UUUAACUUUACUAAAUACAUGCAUGGAUUGGGAGAUUAUAACAGCUGAGGGUAUUGGCAACAAAAAAAUUGGCUAUCAUCCAAUACAGAAACGACUAGCCAAGAUGAAUGGCACUCAAUGUGGUUUUUGCUCUCCUGGUUUUGUUAUGAACAUGUACGGUCUUCUUGAAUCGAAAGGAGGAAAUGUUAAAAUGACCGAGGUUGAAAAUUCUUUUGGUGGCAACAUUUGUCGAUGUACUGGAUACCGUCCUAUAUUGGACGCUAUGAAAUCAUUUGCUGUGGAUAGUACUGUACAGAUUCCGAAAGAAUGUAUGGAUAUUGAAGAUUUCGAGCUUUCCGACUGUCCUAAAGUCGGUUUGCAGCUUAGGGACACUUGUCAAAAGCCAUUAAGUUACUUGACCUACCCCGACGGUGCAAAAUGGUAUUGGCCGCGAACAUUUUCUGAACUCUUUGAAGCACUGUCCAAAAUACAGAAAGAAAAAUUCAUGCUUGUCGCAGGAAAUACAGCACAUGGCGUCUACAGGAGGUCAUUAGCUAUAAGACACUUUUUUGAUAUUCAUGCGGUGCCGGAGUUAAAACAGCACUCUAUAACUAAUGAAGAGGUGACACUUGGUGCAAUGACGGAAGCAAUGGAAAUUUUUGAGCAAUCUGCACUGAAUCCUGGCUUCGAGUACUGUCAGCAGUUGAGGGAACAUUUUGAUCUUAUCGCAAAUGUGCCAGUUCGUAACUCUGGAACAUUGGCAGGCAAUAUCGACUUAAAAAAAUACUAUCCGGAAUUUCCUUCAGAUGUAUUCAUAACAUUCGAAGCUCUUGAUGUUCAGAUUAUUGUUGCAGAAGAUGCGUCUACAUGGAAGACCAUAUCACUAAAAGAAUAUCUAGCUUUGACGAACGACCAAAUUAUUAUUAUAGCAUUCGAAUUAAGAGCUUAUCCAAACGACGAAUUUGUGUUCGAUUCCUACAAAGUAAGCAAAGAAAGAUAUAGCACCUUACAAUAACAAUUAGUUCUGCACAUAUCAAAUAAAUUUUAAAUAAUGUCCAGAGCUCAAAACUCGCACGCCUAUGUAAACGCUGCAUUUUUAUUACAUAUGAAUAUGCCAGAAGGCAAGAUUGUACAUGCUCGUAUAUGCUUUGGCGGUAUAGCACCCGAUUUUGUACAUGCUAAAGCAAUAGAAUCUGCAUUAGUUGGUCAGAACUUAUUUGAAAAGGACACUAUUUCGAAUAUAUUUCAAUAUUUGAUUAUCCAACUGCAACCUAAUGCUGUUCUCCCGGACGCUUCACCUGAAUACCGAAAAAGUCUUACCGCUGGUCUACCUUACAAAAGUCUAUUAAAAAUCGCACCUAAAGACAAAGUGAAGGAUGAAUAUAAAAGUGGUGGCAACUUACUUCUACGACCACUUUCAUCCGGAACUCAAUCUUUUGAAACUAUAGAAAAAUAUUACCCAGUUACUGAAGCUGUGCAAAAACUUGAAGCCAUGAUUCAAUGUUCCGGAGAAGCAACUUAUAUGAAUGAUGUACUAACUUCUUCCAACUCGGUUUUUUGUGCUUUUGCUACUGCAACAAAAGUUGGCGCAAACAUUGAAAAUAUUGAUGCACAAACAAAUGAUAUUGCCAACCGCAUCGCCACAAAAGUAAAAGUGACAUAUUGACAUAGUGUACCAGAACAUAAUAUUUUAACCACUACCGCAGAAGUGCUUGAAGCAGAUGAAAGGAAGCGAAUUCAUAUGAUAAAAACUACGAAAGUCGAUGAAAUAAAACUUUCACAGGAACCUGAUAUUAAUUCUAAAGGUGUUUUUGAAAUAGAAGGACUACACGAAUGGACAGCAACACAGUGGAUGGAUCAUACUCAAAGUGUAAUAGCAAAAAUGUUGAAACUUCAGGUAAACAAUGUACAGUUGAAAGUUCGCCGCCUCGGUGGUGGAUUUGGAAGUAAAAUUUCACGUGGAAAUCAAGUUGCCUGCGCUGCAUCAUUAGUAGCAUACAAACUAAAUCGACCAUCUCGCUUCGUGCAGACCAUCGAAUCAAUGAUGACCUCUAACGGAAAACGUUGGGGUUGUCGGAGUGAUUAUGAAUUUCACAUAAAAGCCAAUGGAAAAAUUCUAGGACUUAAAAAUACAUUCUAUCAGGAUGCAGGAUGCACACUCAAUGAAAAUCCUAUUGACGGACAUUCUGUUGUUUGCGCAAAAAAUUGCUAUGAACUUUCUGACUUGAACACUAAAAUUGUGGCCGAAGCUGUCAUAACGGAUGCACCCAGUUCAACUUGGUGCCGUGCACCAGGUUCCGUAGAAGGAAUAGCAAUGAUUGAAAAUAUAUUGGAACAUAUUGUAUUUGAACCAAAUAUAGAUCCUGUAGAUGCACGAUUAGCUAACUUAAAAUCUGGUAACAAAUUGGAGCAGCUACUACCGCGAUUUAUUAAUACCACAGAUUAUCGUAAUCGACAAAAGGAAAUUGACGGCUUUAACGAAAAUAAUCGUUGGAUUAAACGAAGGUUAGGUAUAGCUAUAAUGGAAUAUCCAAUUUCCUUUUAUCACGUAGAUGGUACUGUAGUUAUAUCUCACGGAGGAAUCGAAAUGGGUCAAGGUUAGUAAAUAAGGUUAUAAUGUAUACUUAAUUAAACUGAUCAAAAAUUACCUGUUAUUAUUGUCUUAAGGCAUU